AGGUUUGGGUGACCCGGGGAGAAGCUACCGAGACCAUUUGGGCUGCACGACUUAUUUUGGGACUCAGUCCCGUGAUGCAGUCCAGACAGGUGAGGUGGUCUUGGCGCUGAUGAGCGCGGCUCGUCAGUGCCAUUGGUCGACAUUGCCGGGGCCAUCGCAGACAGGUGACAUUCGGUAUCGGUAUGGCAUCUCCGUAGUUGGCAAUCGAAUCCUUCAGAUCGCCCUUCCCUGUGGGUCAAUAUUGGUGUAUCCCGGUAGCCCGUGAAUAAUUACAGUACUUGAUCACAUGAUGGGAAGGCUUUUCAUUCCACACACAAUACGCGACAAGUUGCGGAUAUUAUUGGUGCAAGAUUGACAUCAUCCACUUUUCUUCGACUUGAGAAGUUUCACAGAGCAUCCAAGUUAUUUGCAAUAAUUGGGCAUGUCUCUCUCUCUCUCUCUAAGUAUGAUGAGACUCAAGAGAAUGCAAGUCCUUGCAAGGCACUCUUCUUGAUUUCAAGGGCUUGACUCAUCAAAUCCAGGCUGGUGAAGGGGUUUUACUACAGGUACGGGUACAGGGGUAAGUACGGUACAGGACAGAUGAAUGCUGUUGGGUUUCACCUCCAAGUCAACUUAUGAAAAACACGACAACAACAGUUGAACCCAAAUGCACGGUAGAGUACUGCAGAGUACGGAAACGUGCAGUGGCAGAGUCAAGGGUCAAGUGGCAGGCUGCUGCUGGCGCAGGAAAAGGACUGAAGAAGAGGAUGCGACGGGCACACUCUCGCUGAUCAGCUUCGUGAAGUAGUAGUUGGACAGGGAUUGUCGAUUACAACUUGAAAGCCUAAAGGUCGUUGCAGUGGAGCAGCAACGCAGACUGAUUGAGUGUUCUCACAUUCAGCUUCAAGACCUCCCUUAAGGCCUUCAGUCUCUUCCGCUGCAGCGAGGUCUUUUGGAGUGAGCAUCACAGGUGUUUGGAUUCCAGUCGCGUUCGUUUGACAUCUCGUCCUGAGUGCUCUGAGUGAUAAAUCUUUGCUGGUGAUCACUGGUUUCUCGUUGUUUGUGGCGCGGUGUAUGUGGUGGGCGGGCUGUCGUUGUUCCACCUUAGCUCGGUGUACAACGAACUUAUUCUUUUCAGGAGGUCACAAGAUCCAGCGGCGAGUUCAUGGACAAGAGGAGACAGGGCGCCUGAAGCAUGUGUGAAAGGUUUGCCUGAGACUGAGACUUAUUCAUGCCCAGUGGUUACCCAGGGGUUCCAAUCGACCAGGAGGGAGUACGUUACCUAUGCUCACACUAGAUCGCAGCAGAGGCAUCAUGCUCAUCGCAAGGUGGCAGUUUGAACGAUUCUAUAACCUUCUUUUGGGUUAAGGGUUGCUGCACUCUAGCAGACGAACUUGUAGCCUGGUUUGCAGCAGAGGAGGUGGUUGAAGAGGAAGCCUUAUUCCUAGUCAGAAAUCAGCAAAGAAGAAGAAGUUUCACCAAGACUCGUGCUUUGUGAUACUUGAUUUUCUGCCGAUAUCGAUUUGUGCCUCACCUCAACCAACUGACUUGAUUAUAUUGCUAUCGACUGCUGUAUUGACAUCAUGGCUGCGAUGAUCCCGAGAACCCGAGGGAAAGUUUGUACACACAAGCAGUGUUUUGAUCUCCUGGAUGAUUACAUUCUAAGCGUCAUAUUUGAGAUGGUUCGAGACUCGACAGAUAGACUGUCGGUGCGUCUUGUCUGCAAAAGAUUUUUGACUGUGCAAGCCAGCUUUCGCAACAAGAUGCAGGUUUUACGAACCCACAUACUUCCCACAGCACUCGAGCGCUACACCGAGCUGAAGCACUUGGAUCUGUCAUUAUGCCUUCAGGUGCAUAAUAAAGAUUUGAGUGUCGUGGGAAGUUUCUCUGGGCCACGCUUGCAGUCCCUCAACCUGUCCUGCGUUUCUGGUUUUAACGAACAGGGGUUGAUGCACGUGGCAACUCAGUGCACGUCGCUCAAAAGCUUAGAUCUUUCAAAUGGUCUUCUCUUGGAAGACGAGGUGUUGUAUGCCGUUGCACUUAUGACGAAUCUGGAACAUCUCAAGCUCGCCAACUGCCGGACAAUCACUGAUUCGGGGUUGAUCGAGGUGGCUAAAGGGUGCCCAAAAUUACGACUCCUCAACCUGAAAUCUUGUAUGAGGGUAGGCGACGCGAGUGCUAUGGCAAUCGCCGAAAAUUGCAAGCUCGUGGAGGAUUUGGAUCUUUCUUACACUGAGGUAACUGGUAUUGGAGUCUCCAGAGUUGCCCUUUUGAAAAACCUGAAGCACCUGACGGUGGUGGGAUGCUACAGUCUGGAUAAUAACAAUCGGUCGUGGGUUGGGCAGAGUGGCGGCCCUCUUUCGGGAUGGAGCAGGAGCGUGGGAGGAUCCUUAAACUUGAGAAGCUUAGAAGUUAUAAAGCUAGACGAAUGUACGAUCGUGGGGAAUGAGUUGGCAUUUAUCGGCGAAUCUUUUCUUGCGAAAACCUUGAAGGAGUUGAGCUUGAGCAAGUGCAUCGGUGUUAACGAUGAGGCAGUGUAUGGCGUACUCAAGGGUUGUGCCAGGCUCGAGCGACUGGAUCUGACAUGCUGCCACUUCAUUACGGACAGAACCAUGUGCUUCAUUGCAAACUUUUGCCGCCAGCUCCGCAGCUUGAAAAUGGAGUCUUGCGGUUUGGUAACGGAGCAGGGUAUAUCUUUGAUCGGUCAGCGCCUUUUUCUUCUCGAGGAGUUGAACCUCACGGACUGCGAGGUCAAUGAUCAAUGUCUUGAAAAACUUGCAAAUUGCACAGCUUUGAAGGUCUUGAAACUUGCCUAUUGCACGGACAUUACAGAUGUUGGUCUGCAACACAUUGGUUUAACAUGCCGAGAUCUGAGAGAGAUCGAUCUUUAUCGUUCGUCCGACCUGGGCGACGCUUCAAUUGAAGCCCUCGCAAACGGAUGUCCAAACUUGUCUGUGAUCAACAUGUCCUAUUGUUCGAGGAUGACGGAUGACAGCCUUAUCUCUAUCUCCAAGCUGCACGAGUUGACAACCCUGGAGAUGAGAUCUUUGAUGAAAGUGACUUGCGAUGGACUUAAAGUACUUGCCUCCGGAUGUCGAAAACUGGAGAAGCUUGAUAUGAAACGUUGUCUUGCGGUCAUGGACUGGGGCAUCAAAGCUUUGGCCAAAAACUGCUUAAACCUCAAUCAUAUCUGCUUAUCCUACUGCUGGAUGAUAUCCGAUGAAGGUCUCGAAGCCGUAGCCGCCUCAAAGAAUAUGCAAAACAUGAGCCUACUACAUCUCGACGAAGUCACUAUCAGAGGAUUGGAAGAAGCAGUUCUCAGCUGUGAGAACCUUCAAAAGGUCAAGAUAUCUGCUCAUCUGCGAGAAAAGUUUUCUGAACAAACUAUCGUGACACUAGUAGAACGAGGGUGCAGAAUAAAGUGGUUAGAGAAGCCCACAUUGGAUCAUUUACUGAUGUACCCUAGUGUCUAAACGAUGUGCGUUAGUCAGGAGGGAAGAGCAAAAAAUCUUCUACUUCAGUACUUAAAUGUAUACAAAAUCGAUGCAAUAGUUGUAGAGAACUCUUGUAUGUACAUAAAUUUAAUUGCCACUGAGGGCACGAAUGAGGCGCUAGGAUCUUUUAGUUUGUAGUUGGCGAAGAGAUGCGAUGAAGAAACUGAUUGGACCCUUAUUUCUGGGGUCUCCUUGGGAAGGUGAGAACCGUCUAGUUGUAGAUAUCGAAUCAAGGCAAUUGUCUUGUAUAACUCACCAUGGAUCUCUGAGAAGAUUGCUGUUGUCCUUCAACACUCCUUUUCCACGUCGCAUCAUGUAAUGUGUUCAGGAUGUCUAUCCAAGCAUAGUUCACUUAGUCUGACGCAGGUUCCCUUGAAAUUGGGCCCACCUGUGCCAGAAGAUGACCUUUUCGCUUGGGUUGAAACAUCUGGCAUUCUUUAAAGGCAAAAUGUUUGUGUAAU